UGUAGGUGAGAGAGGGGGGUUAUGUUUACGUUCUUGUUUUUUGGAGUUUGGAGUAUGAAGUAUAGUCAUCAAACAGUAUUAAACAUAUAAUGUGGUUGCAUUUGUUCCUUUUCAAUUUUCUUUUGCAAAAGAAUUUACCAUGGCUGGAUUGAAUUUAAUACAAGAGUAUUCGUCAGAUACCGACGAUGAGGCUAAAAAUUCCAAUGAAGAAAACCAAACGGGUUUUAAUGUGGCAAAACCCUCGAGAUUACCCUUGCCGGAAUCUAUUUUGUCUCUAAAAGGAGUUGAACAUCAUACAGAUGUUGUAGAUGAUCCUUUGAAACAUCAAGGAAGAAUCAGGUCUUUCAAACAUGAAAGAGGAAAUUGGGCAAGCCUUGUGUACCUCGAUUAUGAUCCAAGCGAAGAAAUUUUACAGUGGAUGAAAAAUACUGUUGGCGAAAUUCUCAAAACAGGUAAUCUUUUUGAAGAAUUCCAUGUGAGUCUAACACGUACUUUGAUACUAAAAUUUCAUUGGAUUGAUUCUUUCGUUGAGGCUGUGAAAAACAUUGCCAGAAACUACCCUGGCUUUGUUAUGGAACUAAACGGUAUCAAGGUGUAUUGUAAUGAUGACAAAACUCGGACUUUUCUGGGCAUUACUGUUCAAAGUACAAAUAAUUCCUUGGGAAGUUUGACUGGUACUCUAAACAAGCUUUUGGAUGAAUAUCAGUUACCUCCGUUUUACGAGGAUGCAUUGUUUCACGUGAGCAUUUGGUGGUGCGUUGGUGAUCAUAAACAAAUUUUGGAAACUCUGCUACCCAAGUUAACGUCAAACUUUCACGAAUUUUUAACAAACCAUCCAGAACAUCAUUUUGUGCAAGUCGAUUCGUUGAAGUGCAAAAUCGGCAACAAACUCUAUACAUUUAAUUUAAGUGAAUUCAAGUUUUAA